AGCAGGAUGAGGGCAGUGGUUUUUACUCACAGAGUAUUUGAUUAUUGCCCUCUAAAAUUAAUUUCAUGCAUUUUGCCAAACAAAUCCCUCCCAGCUCUAUUUGAAGAGCCGUCCCGGGCAGGGCUGAGUUUCCUUCUCCCAGAUUUCCCCCAGGAUGCAGCUGCCAGGGCUCUGGCCGUGGCUGUGCCUGGGCUGGGGCUGGGGCCGUGCCGCCGAGCCGAGCCCCUCGUGCCUCCCGCUGCAGUUCCGCAGCCCGGGGGAUUUUGUGCUGGGGGGAUUGUUCCCCUUCGGGAAGGACACGGUGAAGCUGGCGGCGCGCUCCGAGCCCACCCCGCUGCUCUGCGAGAGGCUGUUCACGGACGGGCUGCUCUGGGCCCUGGCCAUGAGGUUUGCCAUCGAGCAGAUCAACAACUGCAGCUGGCUGCUGCCAGGGGUGACGCUGGGCUACGACAUCCACGACACGUGCUUCGAGCCCCUGGUGGCCCUGCAGCCCAGCCUGCUCUUCCUGAGCCGCGACGGCACCGGGGCCAUCGGCGUGCGGCGCGACUACACCGACUACCGGCCCCGCGUCACCGCCGUCAUCGGGCCCCACAAGUCCGACCUGUGCCUGCUCACCGCCAAGCUCUUCAGCUCCUUCCUGAUCCCGCAGGUGAGCUACGGCGCCAGCAGCGAGGCCCUGAGCAACACGGAGCUCUACCCGUCCUUCUACCGCACGGUGCCCAGCGACAAGAACCUGGUGGAGGCCGUGGUGCUGCUCCUCAACCGCUUCGGCUGGAACUGGGUGGCCGCGGUGGCCAGCGACGACGAGUACGGCCGAGGGGCCCAGGCCCUGUUCCUGAGCGUGGCGGCCACCGACAACAUCUGCAUCGCCUUCGAGGGGCUCAUCCCCACCGAGCUGGCCGAGCCCGGCGCCAGAAGGCAGCUGGAGAACACGAUCCGGUUAAUUAACAGCACCAAAGUCAACGUGGUGGUGCUGUUUGCGCACAGCGUGCCGGCCCAGGCCCUGCUGGAGCACGGCAUCGCCAUGGGGCUGGGCAAGAAGGUCUGGGUCGGCAGCGAGGCCUGGCUGCUGUCGGACAUCGCCGCCUCCACGCCCAACAUCCAGAGCGUGGGGACGGUGCUGGGCUUCGUCAUGAGGACGGCGACGCUGCCCGGCUUCCGCGAGUUCGUGGCCGAGCUCUUGGGCUCCGUCACAAGGGAGGAGUUCUGCCGGCGCUCCGGGGAGCUGAGCGGGCCGGAGAACCCCGAGGCGCUGGACACGCGCUGCCGGCAGUGUGGCAACGUCACCCUCGGGGACAUCUGGCCCAUGCUGGGGGUGACGGCGGUGCAGCCGGUGCACGUGGCCGUGUACAGCGUGGCCCACGCCCUGCACAGAGCCCUGGGCUGCACCUCCACAGGCUGUCCCAAAACAGCCGUCAGGUCCUGGCAGCUGCUGCAGUUCAUGAACACCCUCCCGUUCGAGGUGAACGGGCAGAGCUUCAGGUUUGACCAAUCCCACGGCACAAACACGGGCUACAAACUCAUCUUCUGGGCCUGGAGGGAUGGCACCGUCACCUACCUGCCCGUGGGGGACUACGACCAGACCCUGUACGUCCAGAAGUCCCGGAUCCAGUUCCACACUGCAGAUAAGAAGGAGCCCACGUCCGAGUGCUUCAGGCGCUGCCAACCAGGACAAUUCCGAAGAAUAAAAGGAUUCAACCUCUGCUGCUACGACUGCACAGACUGCUCAGAAAACACCUUCUGGAGCAGCACAGACAGCACCCGCUGCUCCCCGUGCCCGCAGCACCAGUGGGCGCCCGCCCGCAGCACGCGCUGCCUCGAGCGCCGCGACAGGUUCCUCUUCUGGGACGAGCCCCUGGCCGUGGCCCUGCUGACCCUGACGGCCCUGACGGCGAGCCUGAGCGGCGCGGCAGCUCUGCUGUUCCUGAGGCACCUGCAGAGCCCGCUGGUGCGGCUGGCAGGGGGUGCCAGGAGCCUCCUGGCCCUGCUCUGCCUGCUGCUGCAGAGCCUCAGCUGCUGCCUGUACGUGGGCAGGCCCGGCGCGGCGCUGUGCCGCCUGCAGCAGCUCUCCUACGCCCUGUGCCUCAACGGCUGCCUGUCCUCCCUGCUGCCCAAGGCCCUGGAGAUCGGCCUGGUGACAGAAUUCCCCCGCUGCGCCCCCAGGCUGCUGCGCUGGGUGACCCACGGCAGGGCCUGGCUGACGGUGGCCGCGUCCGUCCUCAUCCAGGCGCUGCUCUGCUUGUGCCACCUCCACCUGGGCCCUGACUACCUGGUGGCCGACUACAAAUCCCUGCCCAGCGAGGUGCUGCUGGUGUGUGGCACCCGGUCCUGGGCAGCCUUUGCCCUCCUGCACGGCUACAACAGCUGCCUGGCCUUCCUGUGCUUCCUGUGCACCUUCAUGGUGCAAAGCCCAGCCAGGAGGUACAACGUGGCCAGGGGCAUCACCUUCGCCACCCUCAUCUAUUUCAUCAUCUGGAUCUUCUUCGUGGUGAUUUUCGCCACGCUCAGGACGGUGCUCAGGGCUGUCACUCAGAUUUGCACCAUCCUGGCCACCACCUUGGGCAUCUUGGCCAGCUACUUCGUGCCCAAGUGCUACAUCUUGGUGUUCAGGCCAGAUCUGAACACGGACGAUUACUGCCAGAGCCCCUGUGAGGAGCAGCCAGGGGAGGACAGGCAAUAAACCCCUCCCCGUGCCACUGCUCCUCACAGCAGCUGGGUUUUGAGGAGAAAAUCCUGGUUUUGAGCACUCUGUGGCCCCAGGAACAAUCACCCAUGAAUUAAGAGCUGUGGAAGCAAGGCCAGAGGAGCAGCCUCCAUCCCCUCUGCAAACACAUUUCAGCCCCAAAAGGGAGCCAAAGUGAGGUUCAGCUAAUGAAGGAACCUCCAGAAAUGCUAUUUUACAUCAAUCUCUCAAUCUGGCAGUCACCAACAGCACCUCCCUGUAAACACUUCUGGAAAUUUCCCUUUCUUAUUAAUUAACAGCUCCUGGAUCCAGGAAUCCUUCCUUGCCUUGUAAGAAUUGUCAGAGAUGCAAUAAAAGCGAGAAGACCGUUGUGGCAGGCAGCAGCAGGGGGGUGACACCAAGGGGACACUGCCACUCCCACCCCAGCUCACUGCACCAGAGUUCCACGGAAAUCAGGGACAGGCUCCUGGGAACGAGCUCCUGCCAACCCCACCCCCAAAGGCACAGCAGGAGCUUCCUCCCUCCCCAAAAUCAGGCAAAAAUCACCCAAAAGUUCACACUGCUGCCAGGCAGCUUCCAGCCACACCAAGAUUUUUCUUCUCCCCACAAGGAGCUACUCUGCUCUUUUAUUCUUUAAAAGUUUCUGCAUUUCUGCUCUUUUACUCCCUAGAUUAAAAUUCUUCCACCUGGAAUUUAAGCAGUCCAGCUCAAUUAAAGGAUUUGCAAAUUAAUCUAAGUUUUCUAUAUUCGGUGAACAUUUUCUUUCUUAAAAAUAAAAAAUAAAUAAAUAAAGAACCUUUUGGUGCACUGCAACGUUACUCGUCCCCAGUUUUUGUGAUCAGCUCCAUCCAAAAUUAUUCCUCAGCGUGAUUAAAAAACCAAAACUCUGACCUGGAGCCUGCAGGAAUUCUUCACAAGCACCUGAAAUUCUCAGGGUUCCUCCUCCAGGGCUGUGGUUCCAUAGCAGAGAAGCAUUAAACAACUUUUGAUCAGCAUUCCAGAAACAGGGAAAGGAAAAAAAUCUGAUUUAACUCCACCAGGCCCUGCAGGAAAAGGCUGUCCAGAAUUCUGAGCAUUAAUAUUCACCUGAAUUCUGACAAUUUAACAUUCACUUAAAUUCUGAUCAUUAAAUAUUUACCUAAAUUCUGGCAAUUUAAUAUUGACCUGAAUUCUGACCAUUUAAUAUUCACUUAGAUUUUGACAAUUUAAUUUCAUUUCAAUUCUGAUCAUUAAAUAUUUACCUAAAUUCUGAUCAUUUAAUAUUCACCUCAAUCCUGUUCAUUUAACAUU